UCGAGUUAUUUAAAAGGAAAUCCCCGCCACGACCACUAGCGUCGUCUGCAACGCGACGCUCCUACGCAGACAGGCACCGUACUCAACGCCUCCGCCGGCUGUUCCGAUUUGAUUUUCCAUUUAUUCUUCGUUUCUUUUCAUAGACAAGGGGCAACUAUCAUUAAUAAGAAAUGGCUGGCUCCUCUAGUGAAGAUACAACUAACGUGCUAAGAAUACUAGUUGCCACGGAUUGCCAUCUUGGAUAUAUGGAGAAAGAUGAAAUUCGAAGACAUGAUUCAUUUCAGGCAUUUGAAGAGAUUUGCUCAAUUGCUGAGAAAAAGCAGGUGGAUUUCAUUCUUCUUGGUGGAGAUCUUUUUCAUGAAAAUAAGCCUUCAAGGUCAACCUUAGUCAAAGCCAUUGAAAUCAUCCGUCGGCACUGUCUCAGUGAUAGGCCAGUUAAUUUCCAAGUCGUCAGUGACCAGACAGUGAACUUUGCAAACUCCUUUGGACAUGUUAACUAUGAAGAUCCCCACUUCAAUGUUGGAUUGCCGAUUUUCAGCAUUCAUGGAAAUCAUGACGAUCCUGCUGGAGUGGACAACCUUUCUGCUGUUGAUAUCCUUUCAGCAUGCAAUCUUGUCAACUAUUUCGGAAAGAUGGUUCUCGAGGGUUCUGGGGUUGGACAGAUCACUCUAUACCCUAUUCUUAUAAGAAAGGGAUCAACAUCUGUUGCUCUUUAUGGCCUUGGAAAUAUCAGAGAUGAACGCCUAAAUAGAAUGUUCCAGACCCCACAUGCCGUGCAAUGGAUGCGCCCUGAAGCCCAGGAGGGUUGUCAAGUCUCUGACUGGUUCAAUAUGCUUGUACUUCAUCAGAACAGAGUGAAGACAAAUCCUAAAAAUGCAAUAAAUGAGCACUUUCUACCUCGAUUUUUGGACUUCAUUGUAUGGGGGCAUGAGCACGAGUGCCUUGUUGAUCCUCAGGAAGUUCCAGGCAUGGGUUUUCACAUUACACAGCCAGGUUCAUCUGUUGCAACAUCACUGAUUGAUGGUGAAUCAAAGCCAAAACAUGUUCUGCUUUUAGAGAUUAAGGGCAAUCAGUACCGGCCAACAAAAAUACCUCUCAAUUCAGUGCGACCUUUUGAGUAUGCAGAGGUAGUGCUGAAGGAUGAACCUGGUAUAGAUCCAAACGAUCAAAAUUCCAUUCUUGAACAUUUGGACAAAGUGGUUACAAAUUUGGUAGACAAUGCUAAUCGAAAUGCUAUAAAGAAAUCAGCGCUCAAGCUUCCCUUGGUUCGAGUCAAGGUGGAUUAUUCAGGGUUUAUGACAAUCAAUCCACAAAGGUUUGGCCAGAAAUAUGUGGGGAAGGUUGCAAACCCUCAGGAUAUUCUUAUAUUUUCUAAAGCUUCUAGAAAAGGUCAAAGUGGAGUGGGUAAAAUUGAUGAAUCUGAACGACUUCGACCAGAAGAGCUGAAUCAGCAAAACAUUGAAGCUUUAGUUGCUGAAAGUAAUCUGAAGAUGGAAGUGCUCCCAGUCAAUGAUUUGGAUGUAGCGUUACACAAUUUUGUCAACAAGGAUGAUAAAAUGGCCUUCUAUUCUUGCCUGCAAUACAACCUUGAAGAAACUCGUAAUAAAAUUGCCCAGGAUCCUGAUGUUCAUAAGUUCGAAGAGGAAGACAUUAUUCUCAAAGUUGGAGUGUGCUUAGAGGAGCGGGUCAAAGAAAGGACCUUGAAAACAAAAGAUGGCCCAGAGUUCGGUGGCCUGCCCUUAGAUAAUGCUCGUAAGAGAAGUACCAAAGUAAUUGGAACUGCCGAUGCCUUCAGUGAAGAUGAAGAUGCUGUUGUAGUCUCUGGUACAACAUCUGCAAGAAAGAACAGGCAAGGGUUAUCACAGUCUUUGAGGUCUUCUCGUGAUUCACCAGAAGCUGCUAAGACCACAGGAAGAGGAAGGGGACGAGGGCGAGGCAGGUCUUCCAAUUCAUUAAAACAGACAACUCUAGAUGCUGCCAUGGGUUUCCGUCAUUCACAGAGAUCUGCAUCAGCUGCUGCAUCAGCUUCGCUUCAUACCGGGGCUGAUGAGGACGAUGAAGUAGACUCGGAUUCAAAUGAUGAAACAGAAAAACUUCAAGUUCAUGCUGUGGCCGACAGCUCUGACGACGCUGAAACCCUGCAGGGAAAGGGCAGAAAAAGGGCUGCUCCACGGGGAAGAGGCAGAGGCAGAGGCAGAGGCGCUUCCUCCUCUAAAAGAGGAAGGAAAUCAGACAACUCUUGUUCAUCUUCACUUCAUAAAUUACUCUCAAGUAGAGACAAAGAUGACGACGACAGUGAUGAUGACGAUGACAAUGACAUGGCGAAGAGGCUCAAAUCUCAACCUCGGGUGACAAGAAAUUACGGAGCUCUAAGAAAGUAGUCGGUCGCUGCCUGGUGAUGUAAAUGGCGGCAGCCCUUUGGUUCAGGCUGCUUAGAUUUGUAUUUAGUUGGACCCUCCAGCUGUUUAUACUGUUUCGGGAACAGUAGGUUUUGGGUGAUACCGGAUUUGGCGAUUCCGGCGGCAGAUUUCGGUCCGCUUUUAAUAUGUAUUGCUAUUGUGUUAUGGUUCAUCUAGGCAGGCAGUGAAUUACCUUGCA